AUGGCAUCAUUUGCUAGCUCCAGCACCAUCGUUAGACCAACCCCAUUUCUUGGCAAAAGGGGUUCCAAUGCUAAUCCUCUUAGAGAUGCAGUCUCUAUGGGAAAUGGCAAAUACAUCAUGGGCAAUGAGUUGUGGUAUGGACCUGACAGAGUGAAGUACUUGGGACCAUUUUCAGCCCAGACUCCUUCGUAUCUGACUGGAGAAUUCCCAGGUGACUAUGGAUGGGACACUGCUGGUUUAUCAGCCGAUCCUGAGGCCUUUGCUAAGAACAGGGCUCUCGAGGUGAUCCAUGGGAGAUGGGCUAUGCUUGGAGCACUAGGCUGCAUCACCCCAGAAGUCCUUCAGAAAUGGUUUAAAGUAGAAUUCAAGGAACCAGUGUGGUUCAAAGCUGGAGCUCAAAUCUUCUCAGAAGGUGGCUUGGACUACUUGGGUAACCCCAACCUUGUCCACGCCCAAAGCAUCCUUGCUGUCCUUGGAUUCCAGGUUGUCCUCAUGGGGCUUGUUGAGGGAUUCCGCAUCAAUGGUCUCCCUGGAGUAGGAGAGGGUAAUGACCUUUACCCUGGUGGCCAAUACUUCGACCCUCUCGGCCUGGCCGAUGAUCCGACUACAUUCGCCGAGCUCAAAGUGAAGGAAAUCAAGAAUGGCCGGCUAGCUAUGUUCUCCAUGUUUGGAUUCUUUGUUCAAGCUAUUGUUACUGGAAAAGGUCCCCUGGAGAACCUCUUCGACCACCUUGACAACCCUGUAGCUAACAAUGCUUGGGUAUACGCCACCAAGUUCGUGCCUGGGUCAUAA